CAGCCAACUGCCCUACGAAGUAGCCCAUUGCAGAUCCGACCCAUUUCUAUGAUGUCGUUGUAGUUUUAUGAUUUCAUCGAGUGCCAUAUCGGAUUCACAUUUACUUAUCAGAUUCCCGGGAGGCCAGACUCGCUCCGUUAAAAUUGAAACCCCCCCCCCGAUGAGACCCCGAUCCUGGUGUGGUUUAGAUGUGGCCGCUGUGGCACUAUGUCAUCCGUCACUUUUCCUCCGUCGCCGCCCAGCGACUCGCAGCUCACACGCGACGUGGUAGGUUUCCACCUGGUGGCUGAGACUCGGUCCUUUCUUUGCUGAACCGACGCCUCGCCGUGGGAGCACUCGUUCGACAAUUAUUCUUCAGUCUCCAGUACGCACCCCGAUGUUGACAUAGAACAUCCUCGGAGCAAAGCCUCCAUUUGUCUACCCAUUAUCCUUCUUUGUGUCGCCAAGUUAUGACGCCUCCCUUCCACCUUCACCUCCCCAAUUAGGCCCGUCUUUAUCACAUCUCGCUCAAUGUUUGGUUCUGGCCUCGCGCUCCGUGCUCGAACUAGCUUGAAAUCUCUGGGCAGCUCUUACCUACCUGGUUCUACGAUUGGUGGAGAACGUUCCCAUACGGAUGUUGACGUCUGGUUUGCGGUCUCUGGUCCGCUCUUAUGAAGUGCUAUCUACAAGACGACCCUUGGCUACUCAACUUUUCUCGGAUUCUCUUACAAUGGCCCUUAAGCGCAAAAAGUCGACUAUGGCACUCAUGCCAUCUGAGAACAAUUUAGAUGAGCGAUCUAUUCCUGGUCAGCGGACAGACGCCCCGAGGAGAUCGGGUCGUCUUCUGGAUAAAGAUAACCAAACAUCCCAUCCGCAACUGGUGGAUGGCUUGACUGUUACUAAGCAGAUUCGACCUGGCUACACGAAAGUGAAACGUGGACGAGAUGCAGAAAUCCCAGAGGGGGAAGCCCAGGUAGCAGUGACUAGCUUACAGGAGAUGGAGAAUCAGUUUCGGAACGAGUGCAAGCGACAGAAGAGGGCGAUCAAGGAAAGCCAUGUGAAAUCAAACAAACCUACCGACGAUGAGUAUGCUGUUUUCAUGCCACGUGUCGUAAAAGGUCAACGAGAGAUCCUAUCCGCCAGUGCAGAAUCAAAUGCGUUGAAACGCGUUAGCGGACCAGGGAGCCCCAUCUAUCCCAAAGACGAUGCCGAAGAAGAAACCAAAAAGCUCCAGGCGCAGGAGGAAGACGAAUUUGUUCUCGGAGACAACGACAUCAAUAUCAUCAAGCAAGAAGGCGCCAGGCCCCCUCCCGUCAACAGCGAGUAUCUACCAUUGCCGUGGAAAGGCAGGUUAGGUUAUGCAUGCCUGAACACAUAUCUUCGCAAUAGUAAUCCACCAGUAUUUAGCUCUCGAACAUGUCGCAUAGCUUCUAUUCUCGAAAACCGCCACCCACUUCAAGAUCCCUCGCAACCAGCACAUGCGACCAAGAAUCGACCAGAUAAAGAUCAGCCUCCGGACGUUGAGAGGGGUCAGAAGUACGUUGAAGGUUUAGGUCUCGCAAAUGCUCGCGAUAUUGUGAAAAUGCUACGAUGGAACGACAAGUACGGUAUCAAGUUCAUGCGUCUCAGUUCUGAGAUGUUCCCAUUCGCGAGCCAUGAAACAUACGGAUACAAACUUGCACCCUUUGCCUCGGAUGUCCUUGCGGAAGCCGGAAGAGUAGCAGCGGAAUUAGGUCAUCGACUAACCACUCAUCCUGGCCAGUUUACACAGCUGGGGUCGCCCAGAAACGAAGUUGUCAAGAGCGCUGUGCGCGACCUCGAGUAUCACCACGAACUGCUAUCGCUUCUUCGUCUACCAAAACAGCUUGACAAGGAUGCCGUCAUGAUCAUACACAUGGGCGGCGUAUUCGGCGACAAAGCAGCGACGCUUGAUCGGUUCAGAGAGAACUAUGCCAAACUUUCAGACGGGGUAAAGGCGAGGCUAGUACUAGAGAAUGACGACGUGUCCUGGACGGUACACGACAUUCUCCCUAUUUGCGAAGAGCUCAACAUCCCAAUGGUUCUCGACUACCAUCAUCACAACAUCAUGUUCAACAAGGAUCUCAUACGCGAAGGAACGCAGGACAUCAUGGAACUGUAUCCCCGGAUCAAAGCGACGUGGGAUCGGAAGGGGAUCACGCAGAAAAUGCACUACAGCGAACCAUGCUCGGACGCAGUGACACCGCGACAGCGUCGAAAGCAUCGUCCCCGUGUACUGACACUGCCCCCUUGCCCGGAUACCAUGGACCUGAUGAUCGAAGCCAAGGACAAAGAGCAGGCCGUAUUCGAUCUGAUGCGGAACUUCCGGCUUCCCGGCUGGGACACCUUCAACGACGUGGUCCCUUACGAGCGACAGGACGAGAACAGACCCCUGCCCAAGCCGUCAAAGAAGAAGAAGAAACAGCAGCGUAAAAAGAAAGGUGAUGACGACGAGGUCCCCGACGAUGUCUCGGACGAACCGGAGCCCGCGCCGCCUCCAGAAGUCCCCGACGCCGAGCUGGGCAUGGGCGGGCCCGAGAGGCGCGUGUACUGGCCCAUUGGCAUGGAAGAAUGGCUCCGGCCGCGGAAGAGAGAGGUUAAGAAGAAAGCGAAGGUCGACGAGGAGGAUCUCGGGACGGAGAAAGUAUAGGCUCUAGAUUGAUCUGUGUUAUAUAUAUGUGAAUCUGGCUUGGGGUCCCUUUACCUUAUACUAUACCGAGAAACGUGUAAUAUCUUGCUGUAUUUUUACUUAUCAGACUGUUGCCUAUAUAGCGGUGGGUUAUAAUCUUUCGCAUUCAUCUAUCUAUCUAUCUAUUUAUGCAACUUUCAGUGGCAUUACAUCUAUCU